CAGAUUCACGUUGGUGUUAAUGCUGAGAGGUUUGUGAUGGUUUGAGAUGCGAGGACGUCUUUAAUAUCUGUUGGAAAAGUUCAACUUAUUKUGGUCUGACUCAGAAAAUUAUCUUUAAUUCAAGUUUGGGACAAACAUGAGGGAAGUGGAAAACGGUGUGGAGGGAGAUGAACACGGAGGAACUACAGAUGGAGAGAAGCGACCUACUGUUGCAAUGCUGAAAAACAUGCUGGAAAAUAGUCCCCGAAAUCUGUUCCAUCAACCCUACAAUAGUGGAAUACAGAAACCUCUUCAUUCAAGCUUGCAGAAUGGAGUUUCAGAGGACUCAACCAAAUCCAAUCCUUUUUACUUAUAUUAUUUGGAGUCAACCAACAACAUUCAUGCAAAGGAGGAUGAUGGAAGGAGAUAUUCAGGAGCAGCAAAUGGUGGUGGCAUCUUUCUUCCACCACCGGACUAUGAUGACGCACCUUUGGAUCUUGAUUUUGACAGGACUGUGGGAAAUGGAGGCAAAUUUUCUGAACCUUUUGAUGUGUCUCAGACCUACAAACAUAAUGAAAUCCUCUUCCAAACAAAUAAUAUGGACCAGAGAGCCACUGCUAAGGCUCUUUCACAUGACAUAUCUCUAAAGUCCCCAGAGACCAUUAGCAGAAAUACAGCUUCAACACAAAACUUGUCUAAACCCUGGCAUGGAAAUGGCUUUAACACCCAACAAGAUGGCAUUGGCGAAUAUUUCCAUACAACAAAAAGAGAGAACACUGAUGGUCCUGAGGAUGCUCGGUCUCUACAAACUGUUGCAUCAAACCCUUUUUACAACAACAAAGAAGCAGAAGCAGAUUUGUUUCAAGCUGGUUCAAGUAAACGUGAUCAACCUUCUUGUGAUACUCCAGAUAAAGAGAGAGAGAUUUUUGACGAUCCUUUUAAGAAACAUUUGGACCCAUUUUCAUCUUCCUCUGUAACUUCAGUCGAUCCGUUCCCAAGUCCACUUUCAAGGAAUUUAUUUAACAUCUCCAGUUUGGAUGAUCCUUUUAGUCCCAGUCCUUCUAAGCAAACAGACCACUUCCAAGAUGUUUCAAGUGGCACAUCGGACAUCUUCCAACCACAAUUCUUAGAUGCUAAAGAAACCUCCAAGUCUAUGUUUUUUACACCUUUAAUCGAUAGUCCUUCAGAGAUGAAGUUCAGCACGCCAGCGUUAACAGGUCCCAAGAAACCACCAAAACCUCUUCCACCCAGUCGGCCAAAGCGACCCAACACACAAACAGAGCUGGUCUUGACGAGUCCCCAGGGAAGCCAACAAGAUCUUCUUCAGUCGACUCCCUUCACUGAGUCCAACAGUCUAUCUGCAUCGCCCAGCCUCUCUCCAAUUGACAUGCCUCCAGUGUCGACUUUUAAACGUCCACCAAAGCCACUUCCUCGAACUCGACGCCACAAGCCAGAGGUACCGCAGAACCCAGAGAGGCCGGCACAGCCACAAAUACCACAGAAGCCAGACCGGCAACCACAGCCAGAAGUCUCUUUGAGUCCAAUAACUCUGAUUGAAAAAGAACCAGAUGAGCGAAAGCCCUCUCCUAAAUCACUCCUCAAACUGCCACCAAAGCCACCCAAACCAGUUUUGCGCCUUAAACCAAGGACUCCAGAGUAUAAACCAGUGGAUCCUGAAAACUAUGUUGUCUUAGAGGAUGUUUUGCUUAUUGGGCAGGAGCAGUGUGUUGAAGACUGGCCUGAGGACAGCCCUGAGCUCAAUCCUGACUUUAAACCAUCUGGAAAAUUUAAACUACGAAGAGAGUCGAUGAAGAUAAAGCUGGAAUCUGAUGGAGCAAGCAUUGAGGAUCUGAAUGGCUCUGGAGGUCACUCAAAGAAAAAAAACAGGAAGUCACGGAGGUCACUGCUCUCUAUAAGAAGACCAAAGGACCAGUUUCAUAAUGAUGCAAUGGAUGAGAGGAGCAGCACUCAGCCCAUCAUGGACAAAUCGCCAAAGGAUGGUUUAGGUGCCUUUGCAGGAAAAAAUGAGGAUGACUAUUACGGCAGCAUUGACUUUAAAAAAAAAUCUUAUACUAAAUCCAAAGUCAAUAGCUUGUUUCGAAGAGCGUCCACUGCUUCCUCUGCAUUGGAGGGAAAACACACGAAUGGACAUUUGGUUCACGAAUCAAAGAACGGUGAUGCAAAGAURAACGGCAGCAAGAGAAGCAGCAUCGAACGCACACACUCUCAGAACACAAAUCUGGACUACAGCUUCCCUGAAGAGGAGGAGGAAGAGGGAGGGGAGUUUACACAGAAGAAAAAAGGCAAAGGGAAAAAGUUUGUGCCACAAAGAGGAUUUGCUCUCAUGAAACAAAAGCCUGAGGACGAACCUAAAGGAGCUCACGGGUACACGCCUCGUCCAGGCUCUAAGGAAAAAUCACUCGAAGACCUUGGUGCUUAUGGUUUUACGCCUCGUGACAAGUCUAAGGAUUUUGAGGAUGAAGAUGAGAUGGAAGGUCUGAAUCUUGAGUUGAAUACAAAGGGAGCUUUUAUGGACGAUGAGCCUCUGCAGAAAGCACGCAGUUACUCCCAGAAUCUGAAUGAAGAUGUCGACGGAAUCCAAGACAAAAAACAUCAUAAAAAAUCUAAGAUCAAACUUUCUUCUGUUGGUCAUCGAAGCUCAAAGGAGAACAUGCUGGAUGACAGCAGCAUGCAGAAAAAGAAGGGCAGCUUUUCAGCAGAAGAGCUGGAUGAUGAGGACUUCUAUGGGAUGGAAGAACUCAAACAGAAAACUUCCAAACAAAAGGCUCCUGCACCGUGCAAACCCAGAUCUGCUAACAAACUGAGAGAGGGAGGUUCUACUGAGGACAUGAAAGACCCUAAAUAUCUUGAAGAGUACGAUGAAGAUGAGCAGGACCUCURCAAACCGAAAAAGCCGUUUAAAUUGAAAAAACCMAAAAAAUUCAAGCACAAGAGUAAAGCCAUGCACCGAGAGGGGGAGGGUCCAGCUGCUGAUCUGUCUGAGGCUGCAAAGGCCGAGUGGAUGGCUGCCCAGAAGGACGGAGGAUUGGACAGGCUGGAGGACGAGGAUGAUGAGGAAGAUGGGGACACGGACAGUUUGAUGGAGUGGUGGUACACAGUGGAACAAUGGGACGAGCUGCCAUCGGAUGAAGAAGAUGUAGCCGUCAAAGAGGACGAGUCAAAGUCCUUCAGCAUCCUGGCCUACAAGGUUGAGCGCGGUCUGCGUGUCUUCAACAAGGURUUCACGGAGCAGGCCGAGGCCCUCUGGGAGGCCCUCAUCAGGCUGCACGCCCUCGCCGAUGACAUCAGUGAAUUCCACCAAAAGGCAAAGAUCGCCGGCAUCACAGGUGGCACCACCACCGCGGUGGGCAGCGUAGCCGCCAUCACCGGCUURGCCCUGGCACCGUUAACCUUCGGCGCCUCUCUGGUCAUCACAGCUGUGGGGGUGGGCGUGGCCACAGCUGGUGGAAUCGCCUCUGCCUCGGCAGCCAUCUCUGACAAUGUGAACAACAUGAACGACCGCAAGAAGAUUGAAGCUCUGCUGCAGGAGUAUGAAGAGCGCCUGCUGGACAUCGCCAAGAUCCUCCACUUCAUCAACCACGGUCUGGUCAAGCUGCGCGGACAUCCCUUCCUCAGGUCCGGCACCCAGCACUACUCUCAGGACUGGGAGGUCCGAAACGCUGUGCAGAUCAUCAGCCUGGUGGACGCUCCUGUGAUGAAAGCCACGCAGAUCACAGACAGCGCCGUGGCGUCUCUGCAGAGCCUCUUCAAAGGCAUCGACAAAUACUUCACCAAGGAGACCCGCGAGCUGAAGAAAGGCUGCAAGACGGAGAUCGUGAACGAAAUCCGACACGUGGCCAACAUUCUCAACGACUGCAUCGUGGAUUUGAACGAGAUCAGAGAGGAUCUUCAGAAAGCCACUGGAUUAUAAAGACCAGCCUCCUGGUGACUCUGAGGUUAGAUCAGCAGCGCCCUCUGCUGGCUGAAGGACAGAGCUGUUAUAGAUGGAAACAUUCAGGCACUAAGCUUCUUUCAGUUCUUCUCUUCUGACAUUUACAACCCUUAAUCAAUUAGUCCGUCUUGAAAACCUUAAUCUGUGAAGCUGAUUGUGAUCGUUUGUUUUAUGUUUUACAAACUGUUCAGGCUAAAAAUCAGGUUUUAUAACAGAGUUCAUUCUUCACACUCGUUUUAGGUGGAAGGUCUCACUGUGGGGAUAAUUUUGUUUUUGUCACAGAGGAUUUAUUUAAAGCUGAUUGGGUUUUAUUURUUCACCAAACCUGGGAGUCAAAUAUUUGUUUAGAUUUUAUAAGCUGGCAUUUUUCUACARUUAAUGUCCAUAAAAUUGAUGGACCAGAUUGUGUGGGUUAGAUUUAUCAGCAGAGACCUAGGAUGGUAAAGACUGGACUGUGUUCUGUAUAUUAUUUACAUGUAGUUUUAUGUAGCUUAAUUUAUUUUCACAACUUGUUAGUGAGACAUUAGAUAGAAGCUGAAUCGUUGCACCUGCUAUUUUAAACUUUUUCAUUGUUUGUGUGAUUCUCUUGAUAACAAUUUGUCUCAAGAAAACAAUUUUUUUUCCUUCGAGAUAAAUAUCGAAGUUUUUCGCUCUUCAGAAAACUGAGAUCAUGAUACAAAAAUCUAAAAUUGUUUCCUUGUUGCCAGUAGUAAGGAAAAUUAUCCAAAACUUCUUCCACCAUAUUGGAUAUAAUUUAGACAUCUAUAAACUCAUGUUUUUAAACUUUUGCUGAAUCGUUUUAGCUCUUAUUUAUAUUUUAUAACAAAUUGUUUCAAACCUAAAUGCAUUUGCAAAUUGCAAGAAAAUAUAUAAAACUUUUUUCCCUUAUUUUUAACCUGUAACUAAAAGUUCAUGGAUUGCAUGCAGAUGUAUCCUCCUCACACACCUGAGCUCAAACCUUUCUUUUGAUUUCUUUGUGCGCUGUUUUAAAUUAAAUGCAUCUGUACAGGUUUUWAACUUUUCUAUUUUAACAUGUUCAAGCAAUAAAGUCAUGUGAUUCUAAUCCCAAGAAUAAAGAUGUUUAAACAUGUUCUGUUUACACGUUUAAACUCUUAAGUUUGUUCCUUUCAUGUCUGCACAUAAUGAUUCACUAAUUUUGACUGACUUCCUGGUUUGUUGAUUUGACUUUUUAAAGACUUAUUUCAGUCACUUUAAUGUUGUGUUCUGUGUAAAAUCUAUGAACAAUUUAAUAUUUUACCYUUUAAUCUUUAUCAUUUAGGGGGAAAAGCGACUGAUUGGACUGAUAAUGACUUAAAAGGAAAUAGAAAUGAAGUCUUCAAGCAGGAUUUUCAUAUUUCUACCUAGCUGCAGGUUGUAAAUGUAUAUUUAUUUUUAAGUAAAGUUUGCAUAAUGGUUGCAAAAGCCUGAAGGCUGAGGUGUUUUAAGAGAUAAUCCACUAAAGCAGGUCCACUCAGAUUUGAUUUAAUACUGCUUUGUACAGAUCCAGUGGGUUUUAAGUGUCUUAAAACAAUCUCAGUCUUUUAAAGUUAUUCAGUGAAAAUCUUCACCAUCACCUUUGUAUUACAUUACAUCAUUUUGUUGAACUUGACUGUAAAAUGUCUAAAAUAAACUUUUAAAAACAA